AUGGAGACCAUUGACAUCCAGAGCCGAUCCUUUGUGGUCAGAUGGGUCGAAUGUUCCAAAGGUGACGUGAUCAGCUACCAGGUGAGACCUCUGAAGAAGUCAAUUGAGCUGGGGAUCUAUAAGAAGCCCAAGGGCGGUGUAGAUAGGAACUGUGAGUCUGCGGUUCACAUAGCUCCUGAUACCAGGGCUUUAUUGAGCUACACAACAAAGUCCUUUCUGCAUAGAAACAGCGCCACCAGUGUCGACGAGAGUGCAAAUUCAAGCAGCACGAGCGUGAACUCGGUGCCAGGCUCGUACGACUCCCGUAAACUACAUGGAUCUCUAUCUCUCAGUAACAUACAACAGCAAUCACAGGAGAUCCCGCUGCGUGAAAAGUUGACUGCAUCUGGGUUUACGAUGGUGCAAUGGAUUGGCCAUGUCGCCGGAAGUGAGAUGCAACAGGGACUGCUCGAGGUGAGGGACGACGACUACUACUACGCUUUUAUACUGGACAACACUUCAGCGAAAAAUGCCAAGAAGAAGAUCCUGUUUAAUGCUAAGACUGUCCGUGAUAAUGAAUUACAGUCUCUGAACAAAAAUCAGUAUCCUUUGUCGCCUGCUACAACCCCCAAAGCAAGAUCUCUGAAGUCGCAGCCGAAUGAUGAUCUUCUCAGCGUCGAUCGAGGAAGAUAUCUACAGGGCUAUCUGUUAAAGAAGAGGAGAAAGAAGCUGCAGGGUUUCACGAAGAGGUUCUUUUCGCUUGACUUCAAGUACAGCACCCUAUCUUACUACCUGAAUGAGCAUAAUCAGACAUGUCGAGGAGAAAUUGUAAUAAACCUAGCAACCGUAAGCGCCAAUAAAAAGGAUAGGCUAAUAAUUAUCGAUUCCGGCAUGGAAUUGUGGGUACUGAAAGCCAAAGAUACUGGUGCCUGGAGUCAUUGGGUUGACGCCCUACAGUCGUGUUUCGAUAGGUUAAAAAUGAACAAAGCAACCGCGAACCAAAACAGAAAGAAGGAGGAUGGCGUAGAUGAACUGAAUGAAGCGCUAGAAUCUGUAAAAACCGGCAAACAAAACCCAACAAUGGCAAAUAUGCCAUUUGUGGCAAUAACUCCUAACGAAUUUACCGCCUCCUUGCCGCGAUUCACCUGUAAUGAACUAAUAACAAACCUCAAACUCAUCCAGCAAAGAGUAGAGUACUGUAAAAAAGAAUCGCUGAACUAUGUGCCCACUGAGGGAUAUGACAAUCAAAGACGAUAUCGUAAUGCAUCAUCUUCAUCUGCCGACCUCAAGGUGGCUCAUGGUGAUUCGUGCGAGUCAGCCCAAUCCCUCACGAUCUCGCCAGACAACGAAGCAACUGAGCAUCCGCUGCAUAGCAGACUAUCUGAGCUGGAAACGUUUUUGGCACAAUUCAUUCAUCAAAGCAGAACAUUGCUCAAUGAUGCCUUGGACCAAAGUUUGGAGAAGAGAAUAUCGUCGAUCUCUGCAUUUAGCGAUGAAGAGUUUUUUGAUGCAGAAGAUGGAAUUAGUCAUGGAGUUAUACUGUUGGAUAAUGACGAAAGGUUAGAGGAGCCCACUUUGAACAAAACGGUCGAGUACGAAAGCGUAUCAGAAGAAAUGACUUGUGAUUCUUCCACGAAUGAUAUUUACCCACUUCCAUGGGGAAAGUCAGUUAAACGCCGAAAUGACGUUCGAGCAGCUGUUGCUUCGCCGCCAAGCUUAUUAUCUUUCCUGAGGAAAAAUGUCGGUAAGGACUUGAGUUCCGUGGCCAUGCCAGUGACAUCUAACGAGCCAAUUUCCAUCUUACAACUGAUAUCAGAAACUUUUGAGUACUCAGAUCUGUUGAACAAAGCUAUCGAGAGCACCUCCAAGGCGCAGGUCCUAACCUACGUGUCGGCCUUUGCAAUCUCCUGCCUUUCCAUUCACAGAGACAAGACAAGGGCUUUGAGAAAACCGUUCAACCCUCUCUUGGGGGAGACAUAUGAACUUGUUCGGGAAGACAUGGGCUUUAGACUGAUUGCCGAAAAGGUGUCACAUAGGCCCCCAGUCUUCGCAUUUCACGCUGACCAUCCGCAAUGGGAAUGUAGUUACACCGUGUCUCCCUUGCAGCGAUUUUGGGGUAAAUCUGUGGAGCUGAACAACGAUGGUACCGUGCGCCUGAAGUUCAAGAAUCAAAAAGACUCCUUCGAAUGGGUGCAGCCAACCACAAUGCUUAAAAAUCUUAUAGCGGGCGAGAGAUACGUGGAGCCGAUCAACGAGUUCGAAGUCAAUUCUUCAAGCUGCGGCUCUUCAACCAUUGCCUUCCAAAGUGCCGGUAUAUUUGGAGGGAGAUCGGAGAACUUGACCCUGACGAUAGACCCUGUGGACGGCGCCAAGAAAACCUUACACGGCAAGUGGACUGAAUCCAUAAUCGACGACAGUACUUCGGCUGUCAUAUGGCAGGCUGGAAAAUUGGUGCCUGAUAGUAGGAAAAAAUAUGGGUUCACCGUCUUCACUGCCAAUCUUAACGAAAUAACUGAAAUUGAGCGCGAUAACCUACCUCCAACAGAUUCCAGGCUCCGACCAGAUAUCAAAGCUUAUGAAGAGGGAAAUGUACAAAAGGCAGAGACUUUAAAACUCAAAUUAGAGCAAGCUCAGCGUGAUAGACGUUCCAAAGGCUCCGAUGUUAAGCCAAAAUUUUUCGAAAAGAGCAAGAACGACACUUGGAAGCUAAUUCAAGGACCAAAUAGUUAUUGGGAGAGAAGAAAGCGUCGGGACUGGUCGGGCAUAACCGCGUUAUGGUGA